AUGAAUAGUCAAUUAGAAAAGGCUAGCCUUUGGAAGAAGAAGUUGAGUAUUGUGGAGCCUACCUCUGUUUAUGAUAAUGAUGAGAGGAUGGUGGAAAGAAAUUCUCCUAAGGUGAAUAAUGAAGACAAGGCUAGGAAUGUGGAAAGCGGAAAGGAAACUAAUCAAGUUGAAAUGCCUCCUCCAUCAAGGUCUACCCCUAGGGAAACUUUCAAACAGAGAGCACAACAGAGACAAAGAGAAAUUGAUCAAAUGAAGAUGAUGUUGCGAGUACACCAACCCUCUCGUGUUGAUGGUGAAUUUGUAAACCUGAAUGAAAAGCAAGUGGACAGAAUUCAAAAGCCUACAUCAAUGAUCGAACAAAGACAACCAUUCGAUUUUGAGAGAAUGGAGAAGGAGCAUGAAAUUGAUUCAAGAUUUGAUCAAUUCUGCAAAACACACAACAGAUUAUCAAAGAAACAAACAGGUUUAUUGAGGGCAAGCACAUUACAAUAUGAGGAGAAUACUAAGCGUAGAUUUCAACCCUCCUGUAAGAGUAGAAGAUUACAAUCUGAAUCUGGUUCCUUAUCUCUUGUAUCCAAAACUCCUCAGCAACUCCAGAGAAUACUUGGCAGCCUGGAUGAGCAGUGCAUACCAGCAACAAAAUUGGAUGAUGUAUUACUGAAUCAUCUCCAAGAUAACAAUGUAGUUGAUAGUCCAAUGGUUGAAGAUAGUUUCUUUUUCAAACAACCAUCCUCAUUUCCAAUUAUUAAUCAUCCAAACCGUAUUGAUUUUGACGAAGAACCAUUUAAUAACAAGAAAUCCUACACAGUUAUGAAAACAGGCAACUCCACAAUUCAGUUUUCACAGUGGAAAAGUGUUUUCAGUAAAAACAAUAAAUAG